CCAGUUCGUGUUCGCUCGAUGCCGCGCCGCCCGCCCGGCCGAGAAUAGACGCAGCACGUGCGUCCGCAGCGACACACGCGUCGCGCCGGGCCGCCACCGACACCGCAUCGGCGGCAAAAAACUCAACAAUAACAUAAGCAACCGCGUUGUGAUCUCUUGUGACUACCGACUAUCAAUGCAGUGUACCAAGCUUCUAAGUGUCAGCAGCAAAGUUUAGCAAAACUUACUAUAACCUAGAGAAAUUUACGUGCCGCUAUUGUACCUAAUCGUGCUCGUUAUCACAGUGAAAGCUUACCUAUAAUAGAGAUAUAUUUUCUGUUAUAAAUAGAGCGUUGUAUUUUAGCGUAGCGUUGUAGUCGUGAUGGUAUUAGCCUUUUGAACAAAAUACUGUAACAAAGUGCCUUAAAGCUGAACAGAUUGAGCUUGUGUAUAUGUAAAGUGUGAGGUGCGCAAGAGUGACUCACCGACGAUGCGUGGCCUAAGCUUGGUUUUCUGCGCGCUGCUGAUGAUUCUUCGGGAAGCGACGCCGGCGAGGAGAUCAGAAAGAUCCAACACAGUUAAAGCAUGGGCUGACCGGCUUGGCGAAGAAAUAUGGGAACUAAAUGAAGCCUUGACAAAAGCUCAACAAAUAAAAGCUGAAUACCAGAAAAUGAACGCGAGCGUUAGAAGGAAAGAUGGUAUGUCAAUAUUAGAAUCUUCACUAACAUCUGUCAGGAUGAUGCUAACGAAGAAAAUCAACGCAGUUAAGUGUAUCCACGCGACAGCUAUCGAGUUAGCGAAAAAAUUUAACGAGGAAUACAACGGGACGGCAGAAGAUGAGUUUGAGUACUGCUCCGCUAAAUAUUCAGUCUUUAUGGAACUGAAUGAAUUUGGAAAUGAUACAGUUGUGAUCCCGACUGAAGAAGACCCGGAAAAAAUACCAAAAUUUACUAUUUUAAUGAAACAUUUUUACGAAAAUGUAACUGUAGACCGUGAUUCUCACUUUUACAACAUACGAGUAAAUACUGACAAAAGCUGCGUCCAUGUUCCUACCAAUAUAUUUUUCCGAGAGGAGGAACCAAGAAAAGCCAUACUUUGGACAAAGGAUCUCAAUGACAUAUUUACUAAAAAUUACAAUGCCGACCCGUCUUUGACGUGGCAAUAUUUUGGCAGUUCCCAUGGUGUCCUGCGAUUUUUCCCUGCAAUGCGCUGGAACCAGAAGGAUACUGACAUCUAUGACUGCCGCGUGCAGUCGUGGUACAUCGAGGCCGCCACCUGCUCCAAAGACAUGAUCAUUCUUUUUGACGUCUCAGGUUCUAUGACCGGGUUCAAGAACUAUGUAGCAAGAACAACUUUGAAGUCAUUGUUGGAUACCUUGUCUAACAAUGACUAUGUUAACGUGUAUUAUUUCAAAAAUGUGACCGGUCAAGUGAUGAAUUGUUCUCAAGUCAAUUCAAAUUCAUCACAAGAGUUCUCAGUAGUUCAGGCUACAAAGGAAAACAUAGGAACAAUAUUAGAAAUCCUAACACCGACGGAGGACGGUAAAAAACAUAAGAUAGAAUUGGACGGCUACGCCAAUCUUACUGAAGCUUAUAUAAAAGCUUUUACCACGUUGAGGGCCAGAAGAAAAGAAACCAAUUGCAAUGUGGCGAGUAUUGGAGGAUGUAACCAAAUGAUCAUGUUGAUCACAGAUUACGUUUCAGGAAACUUUUCUGAUAUUUUUGAGCAAUACAAUAGAGAGGUGGUUAAUGGCAAAACGUACACGCCUGUUAGAGUAUUCACGUAUCUCAUUGGAAAAGAAGUGUCCAACGUCGAUGAAAUAAAAUCAAUGGCUUGUAAUAAUAGAGGUACAUUCGACCACAUCCACUCAGUGGAAGAAGUCCAGCAACAAGUGCUAAAGUACAUCAACGUGAUCGCUAAACCAAUGAUAUUGAACGGUACAAAACCUCCUCCUACCUGGACUCAUGCCAGUAUGGACAAGACGAGAACAAAGGAUUGGGAUGUGAGCCCUGACGUCGAUAGUCCAGACGAAGAUAAACUGGUGACUUCUGUGGCGAUCCCUGCAUUCAUCGAAGGCGACGUUAACGCCACACUGCUCGGAGUGGCCGGCACCGACGUUCCCAUCGACAGUAUCGCUAAACUGGCAAAACCACAUCAGCUUGGCGUCAACGGUUACUCGUUCAUAGUUAGUAAUAACGGAUAUUUACUACUUCAUCCACUUCUUAUAACCUCGAUCAAUGGAGAGCUCCAAGUGAACUACAACAGUGUCGACUUCGUGGAAGUGGAACAGGUGGACGAUGGGAAGGAUGCGCGCGAGUUGGGCGACAAGAUCCAGUGGCUGCGCCAGAACCUCACCGAGGCGAAGCGUGGAAACAUGACCGAAGUUGAGGUGUUAUUCCACUACGAUGACAUGAGGAGGAUAGCGCGCGUCAAACACGACUACUUCUUCAACGAACUGGAGGGAACACCUUUCUCAAUGGGCAUCUCCCUUCCAGAGGGUUACGGAGACACGGAGCUCAUCCUGAAAGACAACCCUCUUGAAGCCACACAAGGACAAGACCUCAUAGGAAUCAAUGUCACCCAAUUCUUCAAUUACAGCUACAGAAUACACCCCGAUUGGGUUUACUGCAAAUAUCAUUAUUUGGAAGGGCAUGAAUCAGAAACCCCUGAAAUAGAAAUCUGGAAGUUCUUAGUAAGGAUUUCAAAGAACGAUCUUAACAUUUCAAAAACCCAGUAUAAGAUUGAAUCGCAAGCUUUCUCAGUUGACUCGCACUGUGGAGACAAGAGAGAAAUACUCGAUAAAGAUGAUUAUUAUUGUAACGAAGAUCUAGUAAAGCAGCUAGUCUUUGACGCGAAGCUAUCGGCUCCAUAUUUUAAAGACUGGAAAGACCACAGCCAACGCGAAGCUUGGCUGGCUGAAAAAUACAAUGUCAGCGUGCGAUUCAUUAUGACGUCCAGUGGUCUCACAAGGUGGCAUUAUCUGAACGAUGACGAUAAAAAUGAAGUCGUAAAUGAGCAAGGCGAGAGGAGCAAAAUAUAUGAUGGGAAUAUCUUUGGAGAUGAUUACCGCACCGGAAUAGAAACGACGCCAUAUAAAGCGGCGGUACUCCAGCGCAACCAGACUAAACUCUACAACCGAGAGUCCCUUGUCGUGGCGACGCGUUUACCAAUACUAGACCAGUCAAUAAAGAACCGGCCUUCUGUCAAGAACGAUGACGGCGACAUUACGAUCACCGCCAGCUACGCCAUUUUCUAUAAAGACAAGGGAAUUGACACUCCUGCUUCCGUUGUGGGCUUCCAGUUCUCUUAUAAACAUUUUUGGCAAAGCUUUUCAGAGAUUACCAAAUCGGUGGGUGGUAAGAGUUUAUCAUGCGACGGGAUCGAGCAUGAUUGCUACGUCAUAGAUAGUUCAGGAUACGUGGUUCUAUCGAAUAAUUCGGAUGAGGUUGGCCAGUUCUUUGGCGAAAUCCAUCCUUUGGUGCUGCAGUCGUUCAUCGAUAAACAAAUUUUCGAGCACGUUGAAGUAUUCAACUAUCAAGCGUUGUGUCCAAACUCAAUACUUCCUAAACCUAGUAGCUCAUGGAGUCUCAUAACGCCGUUCACUUUACUCAAAUGGGUUUUAACCGAAUUUUUAAUAUUAUUGGGUGACAUUUAUAACUGGAAUCAAUAUGUCUACGGAAUGCCCGAGGACUUUGCACAAAACACGACACCACUUCCAGAAACAGUGAAUAAUGAGACAGUUCAAGCUGUAGACGAAGACGAAGAAACGUUUUCUUGCGAUCAUCGCAUCAGACUGUACAUAAUGAACCAAACGCAUUUCUUGAAGACAGCUGAAGAUCACCCAGUCACAUACGAGGAGAACCGAGGGGAGUGUCACCCCCCUUACUGGGCCUCGUACGUUCGGUAUACCAAUUUGAUGAUAGUGGUGGUGGAGAAGAUGGGGCUUUUUGAGUUUAAUGUGAAUUGCGAAAAGCCGCCGACGACGAAACCGGUGCCCACGAACAACUCUAUAUACAGUCGGGAGCCGUGCCAUAAGUUAGAAUUGGGCAAGCUUCCGCGGCGCCGGUUGGAAGGCUGCUUUACUUUUCACGAGAAGGAAGCGAACGCAUCAACUUGCAGUUUGGCCGCCUUGGACUUGGCCGCGCCGAGAAUCGUAGCUGUUGCCACGUUGCUGACUGCCCUCGUGUCCAUGAUGCUUUGCUAAUAAUCAACUUGUUUGAGAUUUGCACCUUUGUUACUAGCGCAAAUAAAUGUUGUUGCAUUAUCA